AUGCCAUGUAUAUGGGCUCUAGACUUUUGGUACGCUGGGAUAUUAAUCUGUGAUGGUCAACUUGGCGCCAAAGCACUUUUCCAGGCAUAUAUUAUCUUAGUGAACACCGGCAAGGUGAUUGCGGAUGCCGGGACCAUGACAAACGAUUUAGCCAAAGGGACUGAUGCGGUGCGGUCUGUGUUUGCGGUUUUGGACCGUAACUCCUUGAUAGAGCCUGAAGAUCUUGAUGGUGAGAAGCCUGAGAUCAUUACAGGCCACAUAGAGAUACACGAUGUGGACUUUGCAUAUCCUUCUCGGCCUGACAUCAUGAUCUUUAGAGGAUUCUCAAUUGAUAUUGAGGUCGGGAAAUCAACUGCAUUGGUGGGACAAAGUGGGUCUGGGAAAUCGACCAUUAUUGGGUUAAUCGAGCGUUUUUACGACCCAAUGAAAGGAGUUGUGAAAGUGGAUGGAAGAGAUAUAAGGUUGUACCAUUUAAGAACUUUGAGGAAAUAUAUCGCACUUGUGAACCAAGAGCCCGCGUUAUUCGCUGGUACUAUACGUGAAAACAUCAUAUACGGGGCUUCCAGGGAAGUUAAUGAAUCAGAGGUCAUCGAGGUUGCCAAAGCAGCCAAUGCUCAUGAUUUCAUAGCGGUUUUGAAAGAUGGAUAUGCCACGCAAUGCAGUGACCGAGGGGUACAACUCUCAGGAGGACAAAAACAUCGUGUUGCAAUCGCCCGUGCCAUAUUGAAAAACCCAACAAUUUUGUUACUAGAUGAAGCCACAAGUGCAUUAGAUAGUCAAUCAGAGAAAGUAGUACAAGAUGCAUUGGAGCGAAUGAUGGUGGGGAGGACUAGUGUGGUGGUGGCCCACCGCUUGAGUACCAUACAAAGUUGUAACACAAUCGCGGUUUUGGAGAAAGGGAAGGUGGUCGAGAAAGGGAACCAUAGUUCGUUGUUAGCGAAAGGGUUGAGUGGAGCUUACUACUCGUUGGUUAGUCUUCAAGAGCCUAAUUCUCCUUAA